AUGGCGCAGUGGAACCAGCUGCAGCAGCUUGACACACGGUACCUGGAGCAGCUCCACCAGCUCUACAGCGACAGCUUCCCCAUGGAGCUCCGUCAGUUCCUGGCCCCAUGGAUUGAGAGCCAGGACUGGGCGUAUGCUGCCAGCAAGGAGUCACACGCCACACUGGUGUUCCACAACCUGCUGGGGGAGAUCGACCAGCAGUACAGCCGAUUCCUGCAGGAGUCCAAUGUCCUGUACCAGCACAACCUGCGCCGCAUCAAGCAGUUCCUGCAGAGCAGAUACUUGGAGAAGCCGAUGGAAAUAGCUCGCAUCGUGGCUCGCCGCCUGUGGGAAGAGCAACGGGUCCCCCAAACAACAUGCACCAAAACAGGUCAAGGGGGCCAGGCAACACAUCCAUCAACAGCUGUGGUGACAGAGAAGCAGCAGAUGCUGGAGCAGCACCUGCAGGAUGUCAGGAAGAGGGUGCAGGAUCUGGAGCAGAAGAUGAAAGUGGUGGAGAAUCUCCAGGAUGACUUUGAUUUUAACUACAAGACUUUGAAAAGCCAAGGAGACAUGCAGGACCUGAACGGGAACAACCAGUCAGUGACCCGGCAGAAGAUGCAGCAGCUGGAGCAGAUGCUGACGGCGCUGGACCAGAUGCGCAGGGGUAUAGUGAGCGAGCUGGCCGGGCUGCUGUCAGCCAUGGAGUAUGUGCAGAAGAUGUUGGCGGAUGAGGAACUGGCGGACUGGAAGAGGAGGCAGCAGAUUGCCUGCAUUGGUGGCCCCCCCAAUAUCUGCCUGGACCGGCUCGAGAACUGGAUAACUUCUCUUGCUGAAUCGCAGCUACAGACCCGGCAGCAGAUCAAGAAGUUGGAAGAACUGCAGCAGAAAGUGUCCUACAAGGGUGACCCAAUCGUCCAGCACCGGCCCAUGCUAGAGGAGCGGAUUGUGGAGCUGUUCAGGAACCUGAUGAAAAGUGCUUUUGUCGUGGAGAGGCAGCCCUGCAUGCCCAUGCACCCCGACCGGCCCCUCGUCAUCAAGACCGGUGUGCAGUUCACGACCAAAGUCAGGUUGUUGGUCAAGUUUCCGGAGCUGAACUAUCAACUGAAAAUCAAAGUCUGCAUUGACAAGGACUCUGGGGAUGUUGCAGCACUUCGAGGGUCACGGAAGUUUAAUAUUCUGGGAACCAACACUAAGGUUAUGAACAUGGAGGAGUCGAACAACGGCAGCCUCUCCGCAGAGUUCAAGCAUCUGACCCUGCGGGAGCAGCGCUGCGGGAACGGAGGACGAGCCAACUGUGACGCCUCGCUGAUAGUCACUGAGGAGCUGCACCUCAUCACCUUUGAGACAGAGGUGUAUCACCAGGGGCUGAAGAUUGACCUGGAGACCCAUUCGCUGCCUGUGGUGGUCAUCUCCAACAUAUGCCAGAUGCCCAAUGCCUGGGCGUCCAUCCUGUGGUACAACAUGCUGACCAACAACCCCAAGAACGUGAACUUCUUCACUAAGCCACCCAUCGGGACGUGGGACCAGGUGGCAGAGGUGCUGAGCUGGCAGUUCUCCUCCACCACAAAGCGUGGCCUCAGCAUCGAGCAGCUGACCACGCUGGCAGAGAAGCUGCUAGGACCAGGUGUGAAUUACUCCGGCUGUCAGAUCACCUGGGCCAAGUUCUGCAAGGAGAACAUGGCUGGCAAGGGCUUCUCAUUCUGGGUCUGGCUGGACAACAUCAUUGACUUGGUGAAGAAGUACAUCCUGGCGCUGUGGAAUGAAGGGUACAUCAUGGGGUUCAUCAGCAAGGAGCGUGAGCGAGCCAUCCUGAGCACCAAGCCCCCAGGGACCUUCCUGCUGCGCUUCAGUGAGAGCAGCAAGGAAGGAGGCAUCACCUUCACAUGGGUGGAGAAGGACAUCAGCGGGAAGACACAGAUCCAGUCAGUGGAGCCUUACACGAAGCAGCAGCUGAACAACAUGUCGUUUGCGGAGAUCAUCAUGGGCUACAAAAUCAUGGAUGCCACCAACAUCCUGGUGUCCCCACUGGUGUACCUGUACCCAGACAUCCCCAAGGAGGAGGCGUUUGGGAAGUACUGCCGCUCCGAGAGCCAGGAGCACUCGGAAGCGACAGACUCAGGUAGUGCUGCUCCGUACCUGAAGACCAAGUUCAUCUGUGUCACCCCCACCUCCUUCAGCAACACCAUCGACCUGCCCAUGUCCCCGCGCACCCUAGACUCGCUCAUGCAGUUCGGCAACAACAGCGAGGGGGCGGAGGCCAACGCGGGAGGGCAGUUCGAGUCGCUGACCUUCGACAUGGAGCUGACCCCGGAGUGUGCGUCCUCGCCCAUGUGA